AUGGGUCCCACGUUUGCCAUGUUUGUACCGUGGGACCCAUAUCAAUACAUGACUGAUUGUGAGAGAGCGAGCGAGAGAGAGAGAGAGAGAGAGAGAGAGAGAGAGAGAGAGAGAGAGAGAGAGAGAGAGAGAGAGAGAGAGACAUACAUAAAAUUGCAACGGAAUUCACUCUGCCCUAAAAAUUGCAACGGAAGAUUCACUCUUCGUUUCAUAGUUUC